UCCACAUACGUUCCGCCAAAUAUAUUUGCAUGUACGAAAACUCCAUAGCCUCACAGCUGAAAAUCCCACUAAAUCAUAUCCCAGAUGAAACCCAUUCUUGUAUUUAUUUUCCCUUUGAUUUCAUUUUCCCCGACAAAAGAAAUUUCCCUUCGCAUUCUCUUUGCUUAUUAGUCCACUACUUUUGUUUUCUUUGGUUUCUUGGGUUUCUUGUUGUUGUUGUUCUUCUUCCUUUUUCCCUUUUUCUUCUGAUUUCCCGACAUAAAAACAUGAGGUGGGAAAGGGUCCAGCUACUUUCAAGACAGGGUCAAGAUGGAGCUUUGGGAGAGAUAGCAGGGCCCGGUAAGAGAUGGGGCCAUACUUGUAACGCCAUUAAAGAUGGAAGAUAUCUCUAUGUUUUUGGGGGUUAUGGUAAAGACAACUGCCAGACUAACCAAGUGCACGUCUUCGACACUGAUUGGUGGUUUGCAGCAAAACAAACAUGGAGCCGGCCUGUGAUAAAAGGAAGUCCACCCACUCCAAGGGACAGCCACACGUGCAUUACAAUUGGUGACAAUCUUUUUGUGUUUGGGGGUACUGAUGGGAUGAGCCCUCUUAAGGAUUUGCAUAUAUUGGACACCUCUUUGCAUACAUGGAUUUGUCCAAGUUUAAGAGGUGAGGGGCCAGAGGCACGAGAGGGUCAUAGCGCGACCCUUGUUGGCAAACGACUCUUCAUCUUUGGUGGUUGUGGCAAAUCUAUCAGCAAUAAUGAUGAAGUGUAUUAUAAUGAUCUCUACAUAUUGAAUACAGAGACAUUUGUUUGGAAACAAGCUACAACAUCUGGUACUCCGCCAUCUCCACGUGAUAGCCAUACUUGCUCAUCUUGGAAGAAUAAAGUUAUAGUCAUCGGUGGCGAAGAUGCGCAUGACUAUUACUUGUCAGAUGUUCACAUCCUUGAUACAGAUACUCUCGUGUGGACAGAGUUGAACACUUCAGGUCAAUUAUUACCACCUCGUGCUGGUCAUACAACCAUAGCUUUUGGAAAGAGCUUGUUUGUUUUCGGGGGAUUUACUGAUGCCCAAAAUCUAUACAGUGACCUUCAUAUGCUCGAUAUUGAAACUGGUGUAUGGACCAAGAUCACCACUAUGGGUGAUGGACCUUCUGCUAGAUUUUCAGUGGCUGGGGACUGUUUAGAUCCCUACAAAGUUGGCACACUUGCUCUUUUAGGCGGUUGCAAUAAGGGUCUUGAGGCUCUUGACGAUAUGUAUUACUUGUUCACAGGACUUGCAAAGGAGAAUGAGAGGAAACCGGAGAAGUUGUCUUUGAGAAAGCAAUUGAAGCUGAAGUGUCAAGAACAGAACCUAAAUGCUAGUCAUGGAAGAGCUAUGGUACAAAUUGGAAUAAGUGAUGAUGUGAUCCAACCAAUCGCUGUGCAGGGCUAUGGGGCUCCACACAAACAAAAUUUUCCUUUGAAUCAAUCUCAGCAUCUUCAAGGAAAGAAAAGUUUUCAAGCCAGGGUUACAGAAAGCAUACCUAGUGGAUACACAAUUGAAACUGUCAUUGAUGGGAAACCUUUGCGGGGAAUUUUGUUUUCCAACAGACCAAUCCCUACUCACUUUGCUCAUCAUAGUACUGUUAGGAAGAGGACUUUUGGAGAUAUUGGCAGAGUAUCGAAUGGUGAUAUCAACAUCAAGUCGAAGACUUCUCGACCGAUCAAGAAAGAUGAAGUAGAUAAUAGACAAGAGGAUGGUAGCAAUAUAAAAGCAACUACUAUGCAUGAAGCAGAAAUGGUUGUCCCUUCGACGAUGCUCACGAAAGAUCCAGUAUCUUCAGAUGCUUUGCUACCAUCUAAGGAAUUUAAGGAAGGAGAUUGUCUUUCCUAGUGAAGUGAUUGUAUAACUUGGAAGUCAUUUUUUUAAAAUGAGGAUGGCCUUUGGCAGAACUUUAUCUCUAGCAAGUAUGGUCUUUCUCCUGGGGUUGGUGUUUGGCGAUGUGUAUUAAAUCUUGUGGUUAAAGCUGUAAGAUCUUCGUAUAUGUCCUCAAAUCUUGUUAUCCAUAUUCCUAUUCUGGAGUAGGCAACUGAAGAUAAUUUAUUUAGUCGCUGCAAUUUUGGAAAGAUACCAAGGCCUUGGCAGGUAAGGGAAACACUUCUUUCUCUAGUUUUUCUCCCAUGUUUUGCUCUUUGCGAAGACAAUUAAUCUUUGGUAUAGGAAUCUGAACUCUUGAAAUCUCCAAUGUUGAAGGAACUUCGACUGUGAUGAAGACUGUGGGAUGGCAUUUGAAACUAGGAGAUGUCUUUGUGUUCCCUUGGAUUCUCUCUCUUUUAGAUUUUGUUUGGGGAUUAUCGAAUAGGAGAGGAUGAGGUACAACUAGAUUUUUGCAGAAGUAUUUGGGUGUAAUCCCACACGAAAAAAAUUGGGAUUUUUGCAGAAGUGUUUAAGGAAUCAAAUUCCUAGAAAAAGUCCAAACUUCUAUCUGAACUUUCUUCUUUCCUCCUAUUUGGUGCAACCUUUUCAAAGAAGGUAAGGAAAUUGCAGAUAACUAGAUAAGGGUGACUGGGUGAGACUCAAAUGGUGAGCUCUCCUUGAGGCAUCUAGCAUGGUAAUAUUUCUGUUGUUCUAGUCAAAGUAUUCUUGUUUUAUCAUUAACCAUAAACCUUAGAGCAAUCCUAGAUGCCAUUCUAAAUUCUUUGGAGGAUGGACAAUGACCGGGCAAGGGAUUCAUUUUAAUUUCUUAGUAUUUUUUAUAGGGCUUGGGCUUCCCUGGUUUUAUGGUGAGGAAUCCAAUUUUCUUUCUCUCUCUCUCUCUCUCUCUCUCUCUCUCUCUCUUUAAUUUAUUUAUUUGAGAUUGAAAGAAUAUUUUCGUAUUACUUAAAAUUUAGGGGGUUGUUUGGCCCACCGACUUCAUAGAUCAAUGUUAAAUAACUAAAUUCCACCAACUUCAAUAAUGAACACUAUUGAUGUUUGCACAUUUAUCGAGAAAUUUCAUAUUUUCUGCUCUCUCGUUUGCACAUUUAUCAAGGAACUCCAACUAUUGAACUUUGUGCCCUAAAGCCUAAAUACAGAUUUCCUAACUCAAGACUUCAGAACUCAAUUAAAUGCCCCAAACACCUCCUAUAAUUUUUUUAUUUUUUAUUUUUUUUUUUAAAUAAAAAAGUAGGAAGUUAUACUUGAGGUGCUAAAGCAUGCCCCACAGGCCCUUGGGUUUGCAGCUCAAGUAGGCUUCAUCAAGGGAGCAUGAGAUCAGGCCUUAGGCCUAAACAGGUCUAGGCGCACAACGUUGAAAAACACUGUUAAAAUAAUUUGUAAUCAACUAUAUUGUAAAUAGAUGGAAAGUAGAGUUUAGGAGGGGUAAGAGCACCAAAUAUUGAUCAAACUAGAGAAGUCAAUUGAUCAAUAAGGUCCAAACAAAAGGACUAUAUCUAUCUUUUCAAUGGGCCUAGACUCACGACUUAGCGAACUUUUUAAAAUACUGCUAGAAAAUUUUGGAAUUAACUAUAUUGUAAAUAGAGGGAAAAGAGAGUUUAGGAGGGCUAAGUGCCAAUCCCAAUAUUGAUCAAACUAGAGAAUUCUACUAUUCAAGAUGGUCCAAAUAAAGGGACUAUCCCUAUCUUUUGAACCGACCAGGCUGUUUCCCCUUAUUCUUCAUGCCAUACUUUUAGGGAUGUGGCUUUUUCCUUGUGAAUAAAUCUCCAAAGCCAUAUAGUGUGCAAAUAACAAAGGUCCCCUUCCCAAGGAAAUCUCGAAACAAUGCGGUUUCUUCUUAGUCUUUCUUUUUUUUUUUCACUUUUACACCUUUUCUAAUAAAGGUUUAGGUUUCUGACCUGGUUUGAAUGACUUUCUAAGGGCUUAAAACACUUUUUUUAAAAAAAUAAUAAUAAUUAUUAUAACUUUUAUAAGCACUUAAAAAAUCAUUCCAAAUUGGUAAUUCAUUUCCUGUGAAAAUGGGUUAAAUUUAUUUGCAUGACCAUUGUUGGCGCCUUGCAAGAGAACAUUUU